AUGCGGCGACCCGGAAAACACUCGGCAUCACCAUUAUCAUCCUCAGCUGCUGCGUCAACAGCUAAGACAACGAACGUUGUAUCCAAAACGGGAUAUAAAAUGACCUGGAAAAAUGCGGUCCUAAAAAUUGGGAAGCAGAAAUUGGCAGGACCAGUAGCUGACAGUCCGGAAGACCGGAAAUCCGGAAAGACUACAGUUAUAGCUAUGAUUGAUGAUGAUUCAUCUAGAGCGCAUCCGAGUAAGUCCUUGUUGAGCAGGAAGAAAUCGGUCUCAAAGAUGGGGAAACGCUCCAGAACGUCCUUUUUUGAUGCUCCUCAAACUAAGAUUGCAAAACGGUUCGUGUCUUCUGUGAAAAGUGACAUUGAAAUGUCUCCUAAUUCUGAAAUAAACGAUGGUGAGAGAAGUGAUAGUAGUACGUAUGAAAUUGCAAAUCGGAAUGAUUUUACUCUGAAUUCGUCAACUUCUUCAGUCAGUUCUCCGAUUGUUGCACAACCAUAUACUUGUAAUGAAGAAGAGCAAAUGGGAAAAGAUGAGACAGAACCGUUUGUCGGUUCAUCGGUUUCUUCGCAACUUUGCUCAUGUUUAGCUGCAACCCAGUCAUCAGCAGCUCUUCAUGGUUCCAAUAAAGGAAUUGGGAAUCUAAACGAAGAAACAGAAAAUUUGUUAGAGGAGAAUGGAAUGUUGGAAUGCAGCACAAUAACAAAUAGCAACAGAGAGUUGAACGAAGAAGAGAAACAUAUGAUUUUAGUAGAUUUUGAUGCAGGAAUGUUACCGCAUGAAAUCGAAGAAAAGUAUGGAGUAAGCAAAUUGCAGAUAGCUGAUGUGCUUUCAAAUCGUAUUUCGAUAUUUCGCACCAACUGGUCUGACCUAUUCACAUUAAAACGUCGCCGCACUGUUUACGUGCGUUUGAAUAUGCAAAUGUGGAACUAUUUUUGCCAGUGUCGGGAUCAAAAAAUUUGGCUAAAUGGUCGGCAGUUGAAGGAACAGGCUUUGAAAAUAGCACAUGAAUUAGGUCUACACAGUUUCAAAGCUUCCGAGGGUUGGUUAGAUUCAUUCAAAAGGCGCCAUUGCAUUGAUCUCAAGGCAAUGACUGGAAAACCUGUGAUUUACGAAGCAGAUCCCGAGGAUGCGAACUCCGUAAAUGAUGGCUUGGAAAUAAAAAUCUCUCGGUCAACAACACCGAGUCCAAAGCUCACUCGAGAUACUAAUUCGCUAUCCACUGUGCUAGAUGCAAAUAAAUUCUUGAUGGAUGCUGCAGAUGCAGCUGUUCUUGCUUCAGCUGAUAGAUCUGAUAGCGGUAUAGUAGUGGGAAGUCCAACUCAGGCGACAGUAGCAAUUGGAACAACCAGUCCAUUAGAUAUACAACGACUUUUACCAGGUCCAUCAGCCGUGAAUGAACAAAAUUUGUUACUUUCGACAGUUCAUGCUUCUGAAAUUGGUGCAUCAUCAGUUCAAGCAUUACUCGAAACGUGUUGUUAUCGUGUAAAUGAAAUUGAGGUUGCACAAGCUAUAGAUACUUUGCGUGCUUACAUUGUUUCAAACAAUAUUAAUCUAUUACCGGUGCUGGUAGAACUGCAAAAAAGCUUGGCUGCAAUAGCUGCGCAGCGAAGGACCGCUGAAAAGAUGUCUAGCGGGAUUUAG